GGGAGCGAGAAGAAGGCAACGCCCUAGCAGACCCGCUGCCCGCUCCGCGUCACAGGAACUUCAGCACCCACGGGGCGGACAGCGCUCUCCUCCACCUGAAGACCUGAGUCCCGAGCGCCCAGAGUCUUUCUAAUCCCUUUACUCCGGAGCCCCAGAGAGCUCCACCAGCUCCGAGUCCCCUCCACUCGCCCUCCCCGCGCCCGCCCUCCUCGCUCUUCCUGUUUUUACGCCUCCUUUUCAUUCAUAACAAAAGCUAUAGCACCGGGAGCCCGGCACCAGGCUGUUUCUGAAGCCAAGCGUGGAAGAAUGGGGUUCCUUUGGACCGGCACUUGGAUUGUGGUGUUGGUGCUCCACAGCAGCCCAAUUCAAGCUUUCCCCAAACCGGCAGGCAGCCAAGACAAACCCCUACAUAAUAGAGAAUUAAGUGCAGAAAGACCUCUGAAUGAGCAGAUUGCUGAAGCAGAAGCAGACAAGGUUAAAAAAACAUACCCUUCAGAAAACAAGCCAGGUGAGAGCAAUUAUUCCUUUGUUGAUAACUUGAACCUGCUAAAGGCUAUAACCGAAAAGGAAAAGAAUGACAAAGAAAGACAGUCCGUAAAAAGUUCUCCAAAUGAUAAUAAAUUGAACCUGGAAGAUGUUGAUUCAACCAAGAAUCGAAGACUGAUUGAUGAUUAUGAUUCUACUAAGAGUGGACUGGAUCAUAAAUUUCAAGAUGAUCCAGAUGGACUUCAUCAACUAGAUGGAACUUCUUUAACUGCUGAAGACAUUGUCCAGAAAAUUGCUACCAGGAUUUAUGAGGAAAAUGACAGAGGAGUAUUUGACAAGAUCGUUUCUAAACUGCUGAAUCUUGGCCUAAUCACAGAAAGCCAGGCACACACACUGGAAGAUGAAGUUGCAGAGGUUUUACAAAAACUGAUCUCUAAGGAAGCCAACGGUUAUGAAGAGGAACUCAGUAAGCCAACAAACAGGACUGAGAGUCAGGCCGGAAAAAUACCAGAGAAAGUGACUCCAAUGGCAGCAAUUCAAGAUGGUUUUGCUAAUGGAGAAAAUGACGAAACAGUAUCUAACACCUUAACCUUGACGAAUGGCUUGGAAAGGAGAACUAAAACCUACAGUGAAGACAACUUUGAGGAACUCCAGUAUUUCCCAAACUUCUAUGCACUACUGAAAAGUAUUGAUUCAGAAAAAGAGGCAAAAGAGAAAGAAACCCUGAUUACUAUCAUGAAAACGUUGAUCGACUUUGUGAAGAUGAUGGUAAAAUAUGGCACCGUAUCUCCAGAAGAAGGUGUUUCCUACCUUGAAAACUUGGAUGAAACAAUUGCUCUUCAGACCAAGAACAAGCUAGAAAAAAAUGUUACUGACAAUAAGAGCAAGCUUUUCCCAGUGCCAUCAGAGAAGAGUCAUGAAGAAACAGACAGUACCAAGGAAGAAGCUGCUAAGAUGGAAAAGGAAUAUGGAACCUUGAAGGAUUCCACAAAAUAUGAUGACUCCAGCCCAAGAGGAAAGACAGAUGAGCCAAAAGGGAAAACAGAAGCCUAUUUGGAAGCCAUUAGAAAAAAUAUUGAAUGGUUGAAGAAACACAACAAAAAAGAAAAUAAAGAAGAUUAUGACCUUUCAAAGAUGAGGGACUUCAUCAACCAACAAGCUGAUGCUUAUGUGGAGAAAGGCAUCCUGGAUAAAGAAGAAGCCGAUGCCAUUAAGCGUAUUUACAGCACCCUGUAAAAAUGGCAAAUGACCCAAGAGUCUUUUAACUGUUUCAGAAAACAUAGUGUAGCUUAAAACACUUCUAAUUCUGUGAUUAAAGUUAUUUUGACCCAAGGAUUAUUAGAAAGUGCUGAAUUUACAGUAGUUAAUCUGUUAGAAGUGGUUAAAACAUAGCUUUCUUGCCAUAAAAACUAUCCAAAAAGUAAAGUUGUACGUAAGCUGA